GCAGGUCGGGCUUUGGAGCGGCCUUCGGCCGUACGAUGUCAUUACUUAAAAAACUUAGACAGGCAGCGGGAGUGGCGUCAGAUUUAUUAUUCUAUGUCUAUUUAUUUUAUUGUACAGGUUAUACCGACAUACUGAAUUAAAAACAGCAAUCAUCAUAUACAACAGGAUCAAGCAAUCAGAAUCAUGCCAUCAAGCAUCAUGUACCACAGGGUCAAGCAAAUAAUAUCAUGACAUCAGGAUUUGGCCUUCAGGAUCCAGGGAUAGACUUCAAUAAUAUAUAAGAUAGAAUAAGCGAAUUAUUAAAUUUCCUAAGUUGGCUACUGUUUUGCUAAAAAGGAAAUAAACAAAUGCAAGUAAACAGUGACUUGCAUCUGCAGUUUGAAAACAAAGGCUACAGCUCGUGAAAGACCCAUACUAGACCACUACUAGGGAUGGCGUCAAGUUCCAAGUUGGACGUGGUGGUCUUUGGAGCCAGCGGAGUCACUGGCGGGUUUGCCGUGGAAAAAUUGCUGGAGUUUAGCCAAGAGGUUGGCAACCUGAAAUGGGGGGUUGCCGGUAGGAACGUGGAUAAACUGAGUGCUGUCCUGUCUAAAUUAUCGAAGAAGACAGGGGUUGAUCUGAGCAAGAUACCCAUAUCUGUCGCAGAUGUGAAGGAUGACGAGUCCCUGAGGAAGAUGGCCGGCCAGGUCCGUGUUGUGAUCAACUGUGUCGGGCCGUACGUCUUCCACGGAGAGGCAGUUGUGAAGGCGUGCGUUGAUGCGGGUGCACAUUACGUGGAUGUCACCGGGGAACCACAGUUUAUGGAAAAAAUGCAGCUCCAAUAUCAUGAGCUGGCAAAACAGAACGGUGUUUAUAUUGUCAGCUCAUGUGGCUAUGACAGUAUCCCGGCAGACCUGGGGACCGUAUUCCUUACUAACAACUUUCAAGGGGAAGUUAACUCCAUUGAAGCAUAUAUGAAGUUUACCAUGAAGAAAUUUAAAUGGGGACCGAGUGUUAACUAUGGAACACUACACUCUGCUGUGUAUCUGCUGAGUGAAGUGCAUUCUUUGAAGGAGAUACGGCAGAAACUCUUUCAAGAGCAACUGCCACGUCACGCACUACCCCUCAAACACAAGUGGUUUGUACAUCGAAAUGAAGAUGUUGGAGGCUGGAGCGUACCGUUCCCAGGUCCCGACCGAUCUGUGGUGCAUCGAUCCCAGAGGUACUUCUACCAGAAUGAAAAGCAGAGACCCGUGCAGAUGUGCACUUACAUUACAUUCCCAUGGCUUUUGGUCGCUUUGACUAUGUGGCUGUUCGGAGGUUUGUUCCUGUUACUGAUCAAGACUUCCUUUGGAAGAAACCUAGUUCUUAAGUAUCCAAAAUUACUGACUGGUGGAUUUAUUGGUGUUGAUGAAAUCUCUGAAGAAUGUGCAGAAAAUGUGGAUUCUUCAUUGUUUUUGUGUGGCAAAGGUUGGAAAGACAAGGCACUAGAACCAAGCGACCAGCAUUUCAGUGCUCCAGACAAGAAAAUAAUUGUGAAGGUUAGUGGCACCAACCCUGUAUAUGGUGUUACCUGCACUGCUCUGGUUUGGUCAGCUAUCACAAUCCUACAUGAAGCUGAUAAAAUGCCAAGCAGUGGCGGUGUCUACCCUCCUGGAGCAGCGUUCAAGAGAACAUCUCUGAUAGAGAAGCUGAAUAAACAUGGUCUUAAAUUUGAAGUUGUGUCCAAACAAGAGAAGUGAUUAUAUAUCUUCAGCAUUAUAAGGAUUAACUAUUAUAACCUCUUUCAGCACCAAUUAUGGUGCUUAAGGUUGCAUUUAUACUUAAUUAUACUUGUGUAUUCAUUAUUAAUUAAUAAAUAUUUAUACUCAGUACAGUAAA